ACACGGCAAAAUUUAAUUAACGUCUAACAUUUUGGUUUCGCCAGGUGCCGCUAGAGAGGACUAAUUAGUCAGGUGUCAACCUGGUUACCCGGUGAUGCUCUACAAGCCGAGAACACGAGCGUUUCCGCGAAAAAUAUACGUAUUUUCCUUUUAUCUUUAUCCUUAUUCAAGAUAAUAAGUUUUCCGUUCAUACUAAAUAACUCACAGUCACUGCAAUGUUUCCUUGCUUAUUAGGUAGGACAAUUUAGAUGUCAGAAGGAGAAUACGCGCGGGUACACAAAUGUAAAGAGAUAUAUUUUCGUAAUCUCCAUCUUGGUAUAUCCCGGUUUUCAUAAAACGAUAUGUUAACUCCUAAAAUGCAACGCUAAGCGGGGGAGAGAUUAGCGAACCCAUUAAUUUCGCCAGGAUUUAAAAUGCAUUUCCACGGAUGUCUGCAGUAAUCUUGCAUAAGAUCUUUAUAGCCGAUCCGUCGAUAGCUUUACGGUGCGACGUGGUACUUUGUAGGGGCCUUGACGGAAGGGUGAGCUUAGGAGGUUGCGUGGCUUGGAGCUUCGUUAUAAGGCCGCGCCGGGCGGCCGGAGCGGCAGAGCGUUCGCGGCGCUCCUACCGGUGUCUCCUCUGUCGGACUAUACUCGCCUCCGUGGCGUUUCGGAACUUUGUAAACUUUUCCCGGGCUUUGCCGUUCAUUUCCGCGCGUGGAUUACAGUUAAGAAGAGUUACUCGUAUCAGCUUGCCUGAUUUGAUGCUAAGUCGGACGUUACGCUUCUUCAGAUUCUCGCAGACUAGAACAUAGUAUUUCGAUCUAACCUAGUCUUAAAUAAAGUAUAGUACAAAGCUAUCGAACUUAGCGCCUCGCGAUAACUUAUUUUCAAACGCUUAACAUAGGUAAAACGGUUUGCCAAAUCGCCUCUAUUUUCUGUAAUAUAUUACAAGAUAGUGUCUAUCGAAGAGCGUCCGUAGUUUUAUAGACGAAAACAAUGCCAGGGGUUCUCAUAAAGCAUCGAUAUCUGGGUGGUUGUGAUUUUUGGUGGGUAGCGUAGGCGGGCAUAGUCAUAAUGUGUGAAGAUAAGGAGGAGAUGCGGAGCGAGGCGGCGCGCGCGGCCAGCCCGCGGCGCCUGUGCUGGCAGCGCCGUCCGCCGCAGCCGCUGCCGGACACGCGCGGCCUCUGCUGUGCCAAGCUGCUUCGCAAGAACGGCAAGCCGAAGAAGGUGUUACUGUUCCCUGAGGAGGGUUGGGCCCGCAGCGCCUCCUCGUCGUACUGGACGCUGCAGCCCUGCUGGUGGCGCAAGAGCCGGUGCAAGGUCGUCGAGGUCGCCGGCACGAGACGGCACAGCACACACGCGCGGAUGGUGGUGAGCGGCGGGAACGCCGUGCACGUCGUCGGCACCUUCAAACACCUCGGCACCGACGCCGACUUCAAGUUAUACUUAACGACGAACGUGACGCAAGCGGACUUCAACAUGGGCUACACCAUGACGGGGACGCUGGAGCGCGGCUGCCGCUCCACCAACACCUUCCAGAUGACGCACUUCGCCGUGCUGCGGCGGUGCGACCACGACGGCCAUCAUCUCAAGAACUCAUAAACGACAACACAACAUUUACUAGGAAAAUCACACAAUUACACCGCACUUUGCCGAUACAGCUCUGCAAGCAUCU